AUUAAGUCCACUGAUCGAUUGUUCAGUUAUUACUGGCGAUCCUGGACUGAUAUCCGCAUUCGUGGAGAGGUGGCACGGUGAGACCAGCACCUUCCACCUUCCGGUAGGAGAGUUGACGAUCACAUUGGAUGAUGUGUCGUCACUCCUUCAUUUGCCCAUCACUGGCGCGUUGCACAGUUUCCAUGCUCUUUCUACGGAGGAGGCCAGAUUUUUGCUGACAGAGUUGCUCGAGGUGUCUGCCGAGGAGGCUAGAGCCGAGACAGCACUGACUCGUGGGGCAUAUGUACGACUAGGAUGGGUUCGUGACAUUUAUGAGACGAGAUGUUAGGCCUGGCGGUGGAUUGUCGCAGCUCGCGCUUAUCUGUUGCACCUGAUCGGUUGCACUCUUUUUGCUAAUAAGAGUGCAACAUACGUGCAUGUGGUUCACCUUGACGCUUUCCGGGACCUCGCUCAGAGUGGUGGUUAUGCUUGGGGAGUUGCUGCGUUGGUUCAUAUGUAUGACCAGUUAGAUGAAGCUUGUAGGACCACCACACGAUAGCUUGCGGGGUACUUGACGCUACUACAGUGCUGGAUCUAUGAGCACUUCCCUAGUGUGCACCAGUGCGUGACAGAUGAUACAUACCAGGAGACAUCCCCACGUGCUUCCUAGUGGUUGACGUCGAAGGCGCACAUGAAGGGAAUCACAGGAGCACCUUACGGGGCACGUUGUGAUGGUUUGACCGUCACAGAUGUGUCCUGGUUGCCGUACACAGAGCAUCAGGGGGUUAGGGCCUUUCAGGAGAUUUCAUCAUUCCAGGGUCAGCUGAGAUGGGGUCCUAUGGUGGUCAUAGCUCGACCGGAGAGGGUGGUACGACAGUUUGGUUACAUCCAAAGCAUUCCUCCGCCGCCUGUUAGUGCUCGAUUGUCACACGAUGAUAUAGAUGACAGGUGGAUGCAUUUUGAGGAGCACUUAUUACCUGCGGGUGAGCUUUGUCUAGUGCCUGGGCAAGUAUCUGCGGAUUACAUGGAGUGGUUUUUCCGCAUAUCUCACCCAUUCAUGAUAUCGACCCAGGCAGGUGACCAGCCGAGUGAUGCACCAGCUGCAGACCCUGAGGAGUAUAUACAGCCGCCCAGCCCCCAGGUCCCAGUGGCAUUUGACCCCCUCCACAUGUGGUAA